AUGACGGGAAUACCUUUCGCGUUUCCCCCUUGCGGUCCAGUGCAGGGCUUUAGAACAAGCUCCGUUGUCAGAUAUACUGGUAUUCCUUAUGCGACAGCAGCACGUUUCGAGGUUCCGCAACCGACGGCGGACUGGACCAGUGUUUUCCAAGCGGAUUCUCCCUGUCCAGCAUGUCCGCAGCCGACAGGCAAAGGUUCAGCGCUCGUCGCAAGUGUACCUCUCCUCCAAGGAACCGGGAUCAGCGAGGUCUGCCAAUUUCUUUCUGUCACCGUACCUCCAACCGCCACACUCACUGAUAAGCUCCCUGUUAUGGUCUGGGUGUAUGGUGGAUCCUUCGAAUCAGGUGCCGGUGAUUCACCCAUCUACGAUCCAUCAAGACUGGUCGCUGAACACCAGGUCAUCGUGGUAAACAUCAACUAUCGACUCAACAUCUUCGGCUUCUUGGGCGAUGGCGAGAAAAGACCUGCGAACCUUGGCUUGUUGGAUCAACUGGAAGCGCUUCGCUGGGUACGCAGAUACAUCCCUGCGUUUGGAGGAACUGAUGACCCCAAGUCUAUCACGUUCUUCGGACAAUCGGCUGGAGGAAGUUCUGUCGCUGAUCUCAUGGCCGUACCUGGAGCACCGGCCUUGUUCGGUCGCGCAAUCAUCCAGAGUGCUCCAUUCGGACUCACCCGAGGAAGGGAUGAACUGAACAGUCAUUUGCUCAAGAAAGCAAAGUCUGCCAGCAGGGAUAUGACUGUAGCCGAGAUGAUCGAACUUUGCGAAAAGAUCGACAAAGCGGGCUCUAAGAAAGCCCCCAAGGGCGAGAUGCCNUUUGCGCCGCAAUAUGGAUAUGCGCCACUUCCUGCCGAAGCAGAUCUCAAUGCUGCAUUGAACACGAAUGCACCGCUUAUCGAUAUGCUAGUUGGAAGCACCGACUCCGAGGCAUCAUUGUUCUUGCCUUUCUUCUCAGUCGUGGGUGUAGCAAUCGAUGCGCCUAUCGUCGGUAAAUCAAUCCACAAUCAUUCCGUUUCGAAGCUCAACAACACCAUCUAUCAUCCUUACGACAGAACAUUUGCAGAACGUCAUGUUCUAGCUGGCGGCAAGGCAUCGCUAUACCGCAUCAAGUUCAGCAAUAAGACAAACAGACUUGGCGCUUGUCAUACCAUCGAUCUGCCUCUAUUGUUCGGCAACAAGGAAGUGUACGACGGUGCGAAGAUUUUGGAAGGGUUUUCGCCGGAGCAAAUCGACCUUGCAGGAGAACAGAUGCGAGCAAUCUGGGCAGACUUUGCNAAAGGGAAGCAGGUACAUCUUACAGACAGUGUUUUGGGAUUGAUCGAGAUUGCAGAAAUCGUGGAUUUGAGCAAGCGAUCGAUAUGA